CGGCUUUUGCAGAACGAGGAGCCGAGGAGGGCGGACAUGGCUGCGGCUUGUGUCGGCGAAGGCGGCGGCUCCUCUAGCGGUGGAGGCGUGUUCAGGUUCCCGGAAUACGAGAUCCCGGAGCUGAACACGAAGCCCUUCCUCGUGCAGGCCGUGGGGAACCUGUGGAAGGAGAGGCUUCUCGGGGUCCGUGACUUCUCCUUGGAGCCGCCCGCGCCCAGCAGCCGGGGGGCUGGAGCCGGCGAGGAAGAUGCGGCCGUGGCCGAGGACUUGGGCUGCAGCCUGGAGACCGCGGCCGAGCUGAGCCUCGUGUGUGGCCUGGAUAAGUUGAAGUACUGUGAAGAGGAGGAUGAUCCAGAAGUCAUUCCUGAAGACACCAACCUAGUGACUUUGGGACUUAGAAAGAGGGCCUUGGAGCAUCGAGAAGAAACCAUAACAGUAGAUCGUAUCUGCAGACAAGAAACCUUUGCUUAUGAAAUGGAGUCACAUGCCAUAGGAAAGAAGCCAUCAAAUCCAGCAGACUUAGUUAAUGAAGGAGAACUUAUCUUAACUCUGAAUAUCUUCUAUCCUGUUAUAUUUAGUAAGCAUAAAGAACGCAAACCCUAUCAAACCCUGCUGGUAUUGGGCAGUCAAAAGCUCACAGAGCUCAGAGAUUCAUUUUGCUGUGCCAGUGACCUUCAGAUUGGAGGCGAGUUUAGCAGCACACCUGACCAGGCACCAGAGCACACCAGCAAGGAUCUUUACAAGUCAGCUUUCUUUUAUUUUGAAGGAACAUUUUACAAUGAUAGAAGAUACCCUGAAUGCAGAGAUUUGAGCAGAACAAUUAUUGAGUGGUCAGAGUCCCACGAUCGAGGAUAUGGGAAGUUCCAGUCUGCUAAAAUGGAAGAUUUCACCUUCAAUGACCUGUACAUUAAAUUAGGUUUUCCUUACCUGUACUGUCACCAGGGAGACUGUGAGCAUGUUGUCAUUAUCACAGAUAUAAGGCUUGUGCAUCAUGAUGACUGCUUGGAUAAGACACUUUAUCCCCUACUCACCAAGAAGCACUGGUUAUGGACCAGGAAAUGUUUUGUUUGUAAAAUGUACACAGCCAGAUGGGUGACCAACAACGACUGCUUUGCACCAGAGGAUCCAUGUUUCUUCUGUGAUGUUUGCUUCCGAAUGCUCCAUUAUGAUUCUGAAGGCAACAAACUGGGGGAGUUCCUUGCUUAUCCUUAUGUUGACCCUGGAACUUUUAACUGAAGACAACACAGGGACACUAUGAACAACCCAUGGUUGUUUGGAAUAGUUGCAAUACUUGUCAGACAUGUCACUUUCUGAAUGUCAGGAGAAUCUUAGGCAAAAGCAAUCUAUUUGGCUAACCCAUUUAGCUGUUAACAGUUUUAUUAUUUGGUAGCUUUUUUUUUAAAGCUUAAGUUUGGGUAUAUGAUAUAUUAAAUUCAUAGUAAAUUUGUUAUUACUCUAGUUACAUUUUUCUUUCUCUGAGCUAACCACAAAGGCAACCUGUGUCUCUGCUUUAGUCAUUCCUUUCAAGUUGCAAGUAAUAAAAUUAGACCCACUUAAGAUUACUUAUGUGACCCAAGGAACUGAGUGGACUUCAAGAGAAAGCAAAGGUAAAUUACGGGUCAAUUAUGUAAAAGAGAUGGGGGCAUGUAGUUUAAUGAAAAUCAGAAAUAGUUGCAGAGCAAGCAAGUUUAAUUAGUUGCAUUGAUGUUCAAGAUAAGUGGAAUCUCUAGUGCCUCAGUAAUUUGUCCUUUCAAAAUUUUGUCAACAUUGGUUUUACUGAUUUGGAAGGUAAAUGGUAGAACUUCUCUGAAGCAGUGGUUUAGUGGUGGUUGUCAGUGCAGUUUCAUUUGAUUUUCACCAAGAUUUAAAAAUAAUCAUGUUAAUGUUCUUAAAUUCAAAUUAGUUAAGAUUUAAUAGACUCACUGAGUAGUUUGAUAUGCCCAGUAUCAUUUAAGUUUUCUAUAUCCAUGUUGAAGAUAGAAACCAAAUUUUACUACUACCCUAUGUCCAAGUAAAUUGCUGUUGGUUCUGUCUAAAAUAUUUUUUAAAAAUCCAACAUUUUGCAUUCUACUUCUCUUCCCUACCCGCCCCAUGCCCCGUAAGCAGAUUUGAUGCACAUUUCCCAUAUUAGUCAUGUUGUAAAACAUACUUUUUAUAUGCCUUUUUGUAAUGUAGAAACUUUGGCUUGAAGCAGGAAUAUUUAACUUGGUCAAUGUACUUAAGAUUUUUAACAGUUAUGUUUUUGUGCAUUGCUAAAGGGGAUCAUGACACAAAAAAUGUUAAAUACCCUGAUACUAAAUAUCUCUGAGAAGGAAGUUCAAAAAAGACCAGUUUCGUCACAUUGUUUCACCUUUCUUUUCUUUGUAUAUGGAAAUAAACAUGUCAUAAGAAAACAUUUUAAUGUGAAAAAACCUAAGGGGCAACUAGGUGGCACAGGUGAUAAGAACAGUGGCCCUUAGACCAUUGUUCAAAUCCAACCUCAUACAGUUAACACCUGUGACCCUGCGCAAGUUAAUUAACCCUGAAUGCCUAGCCAAAAAAUUUUUUAAAAAUGGGUGAGAUCUUGAGUUUUGAAAAAAUAUGGCAAAUUUUCCAUUUUCUUUUGUCUAGGUUAACAUUAAAAGAAUGAAAACUGAAUUUUACGCCUGGAUUUUUGGGAACAACAUCUGUACUUAGAGUUAUGACUGUGCUUAAGAGAACCUCAUCAUACAUUUGUAAAAAG